CAUUAUUAGGGCUCCAGAAGAAUAAGUGUUGUGUUCGUUUCUGUUGUAUAACUAAAACGGAAUAAACAUAAUACAAAAUAAACAUAAACAUAAUAAAGAUAAGAAAAUGUUUAUCAUAAGCUUACACCAAACAUAAAUACUUAAAUACUUAAAAUGGAUGAAACUAAUCGCGGUGUGUCUCCGUGUGAUGCACAGGAUGUGUCGCAGUUUAUGCUCGAUGACUUGCAGCUUGCUGCCGAGCUUGGAAAAACGCUUCUAGAACGAAACAAGGAGCUAGAAAUAUUUCUUAAGGAAUAUAAAAGCAAGGGAGAUGAGCAGGAGCGUGAAAUAGUGCAUCUUCGUAAGCAUAUUAAUGCUAUGACGGAAGUGAAUGAUUCUCGGCUUAAAGUUUACGAACAGCUGGAAGUAGGAAUUCAAGACCUUGAACGCGCAAACCAACGCCUCAACAUCGAGAAAAACUCCGAUAAAAAGCUGAUUAAAAUGAUAUCUUCUAAUACUGAAAUAUUGGAGGCUCGAUGUGAGGAACUUAGUCAACUUCUAAACGAGUCAAAACAGACCCUAAAUAUUGAGCGUCGGAGAGGCGAUCGGUUGCAACAAGAGCUUAAUAAUAGCGUGUCCGUUUCUGAUAAUCAAAUUGGAGAUCGCAGCGAACAAGUCAUCAAUUCUCGAAAUGACUAUAAUAUGAAGUCUUUCGAUUUUAAUUGUAAAGCAACGGAUCAACAUUCAUUUGAGCAUCGGGAUAUAGCAAACUCAACUGGCGUCGAAGAACUGUUGUCUCCAAAUGACAGUCUCCAUUUGGUUGUUGCUAAUAAUGCGUGCGAUAAAGUCGCAGCAAAAGGCGAAGACAACGAAGAACUGGUUAAACUAAUUAGUGACUUGGAGCUUGUGAAACGAGAAUUGUUUGCAGAGCAGAAACGUUGCGCUGAAUUGGAGGAGCAAUUGAUGGCCAUAAUUCAAGAAAACCAAGGUCUUCAAACCCGUCUCUCUCAAAAUAAUGCGAAUGAGGAAAUGAUGUCCAUGCAUGAUGAGUUCUCUCUUUUGGACGACGUAAGACAGGGGCAAAUGUGCAGUCGCUGCUUAGGCGUAAUAGAUGGACGUAGAACAAACGCCGACGAGCAAUCUUCCAUAGAUCAGAUGGAAGAAAUUUAUGAAGACGAACAGAAUAUGACUGAUUUGGAAAAUCAAAGUGAAGUGGAUCUUGUUACGAACAACAUCUCGAAAUUUUCGAACUGUACACCUGGAUGCUCAUAUAAGGAACGUUUUCCGGACUCACUUAACCCCAAAGCCAUCAAUAACUCCAAUCCUUAUCAAGACUUGGUCAAGAAAUAUGAGGCUUUAGUGGAGGUCCAGAGGACUUCAAUUGCCGCCAAGAAUGUUUGGGGUAACGACAAGGAAAGUGAAAAGGAAAACAAAUUUAGUCACAAUCUUUUGCACCUGGAAUCUGUUGGAAUGCAUGCGAGAAAAGAGGAUGGAAUAGUUGCUGAUACAUCAAAACAAACUAGUGUGAUGUCAAACAAUGGAGUGGGACGGACUCCAACGGAGUUCUCAGAGGUCGAAACUUCGUCAUCGGGGUAUUCAGAUGACACAAGCAAUAAGUACACGCAAACCGAUGAGCGCCCGGGCUAUUUUCUUUGCUCAAUAAGUGAUGGAAAGGACUGUAAAUUUAGUAUUUACGACGAUGUUAGUCCGAUAGACUCCCAUUUCCGUCACCGCCCUGAAUACAGAGAAUUAUUCAAAGAAAUAUUUGGAGUGCUUAAGAAAUCCGCCGAGAAUAAUGAAGUUGGCGAAAAACUCUCAUUGCUAGAACAUUCCGAUACUGUAAAUAGAGUCACAUCAGAAACGUCGAUAAUAUCUGCAGUAACCCCUGUGAUCGAAGAACAUCUGGAGGAAUCUAUUGAUGAAACUCAAAGCAUAGCUUCAUCCGUUAUAUCUAAUAAUUCGAUAGCCAUUUCAGAGUGCAUCACAAAAAUUGAACGCAAGACAGCUAAAAAGCACAUACAUGAUUUAAGAAGUUAUCAAAACAAGGCGCCAUUGAUCAAAGAAGCAUCGAACUCACAGGUUAAUAUGUCCAAGAUGAAAGGAUCUGAAUCUCUAUCAAAAAUAAGGCCAAUUGAAGAAAAUGGACGGAUAUUUACUCCAAUUAAGAGAGAGCCAUUGGAAUAUUUAACUGUGGGUGUAGGAAUAAAAAAGAAAAAUCGUCGGAAGCAUCGAAAUCUAUCCACAUUUGGAGAUCGUUUUGAGCGCAAGCUAUGGGAUGACACAGAUAAAAAAGGUUUUACAAAUGGUGACCAGUAUGGUAAUGCAAACAAUACACCAAAAUCAUCUGAAAAAUUCAAUACGGAUAACCGUGGGCUUGGGCGCGAUGUUCGUAAUCGGAACUCAGAUUUGUAUAACAAUUUGAAUGGUUCCCAAAUGGUAAUUUAUAACCGAAAUAUGAAUAAGCCCCAAUCUGCCAGAGGUCGUGUUAUAGAGCUGAACGGCGUUGAGUUUUAUCAUAAUACUGUUUCACAAGAACUGCACAAACUUAAAAAACUUGAUCUGUCCUACGCUGAUGUAUUGCGCCGCGCCGACACUUGUGAGCAUAUGCAUUCAAAGUUUCGCUCGCAACGACUCAAUGGUAUAAAGAAGAAUCCUCAACAACGCCAAUAAAAUAAUUAUUCUGUAUUUAUAUUAACUAUUUUCCUAGAUGUCAUACAGUUUUAAGUGAAUUCUAGUCGUUUUUAUAUAUAUCAACUUGUCACGUUCCAAAUACCAUACAUAUGUUUUGUUCUGUAAGCUAUUGAUCAGUUUUAAUCGUAAUCCAUUUUACAUGUUUCCGAUAAUAUAUUUACACAUAUAAUUUCACCUUCAAAAACUUAGUUUUGAGCUAAUUUCUGUAUCCCGAUAAAAAAAGAAACGUAUAAACUAUCAAACCGUAAUAUACUCUUAAGAAGCAACAAAUUAAUAAAGAUCUCUUCAAAAUGUA